GCCGUGGAGCCCACUUGCCUCUUGGAGUCCCCACUGACUGGCUUGUGCGUUCCCGGGAUGGACACGCGGCCGGCGCUGCUCGUCCUGCAAGCCUUGCUGCUACUCCCCGUGGCUGACAGUGCCGCCCCUGCCCUGCGCUUUGUGGCCGUGGGUGACUGGGGAGGUGUCCCCAACGCCCCGUUCCACACGGCCCGGGAAAUGGCCAAUGCCAAGGAGAUCGCCAGGACCGUGCAGAUCCUGGGAGCAGACUUCAUCCUGUCCCUGGGGGACAACUUUUACUUCACUGGCGUGCAGGAUGCCAAUGACAAGAGGUUCCAGGAGACUUUUGAGGACGUGUUCUCUGACCGCUCUCUUCGCAACGUGCCGUGGUACGUGCUGGCCGGAAACCACGACCACCUGGGCAACGUCUCGGCACAGAUCGCCUACUCCAAGAUCUCCAAGCGCUGGAACUUCCCCAGUCCCUUUUACCGCCUGCGCUUCAAGAUCCCACGCACCAAUGUGUCUGUGGCCAUCUUCAUGCUGGACACGGUGACGAUAUGUGGCAACUCGGAUGACUUCCUCAGCCGGCAGCCUGAGAGGCCCCGAGACCUGGAUCUGGCCCGCACGCAGCUGUCCUGGCUCAAGAAACAGCUGGCGGCGGCCAAGGAGGACUACGUGCUGGUGGCUGGCCACUACCCCGUGUGGUCCAUAGCCGAACACGGGCCCACCCGCUGCCUGGUCAAGCAACUUCGGCCACUGCUCGCCACCUACGGGGUCACUGCCUACCUGUGUGGCCAUGAUCACAACCUGCAGUACCUGCAGGAUGAGAACGGUGUGGGCUAUGUGCUGAGCGGGGCUGGGAACUUCAUGGACCCCUCGAAGCGGCACCAGCGCAAGGUCCCCAACGGCUACCUGCGCUUCCACUAUGGGGCUGAGGACUCGCUGGGGGGCUUUGCCUACGUGGAGAUGAGCCCUAAAGAGAUGAGCGUCACUUACAUCGAGGCCUCGGGCAAGUCCCUGUUCAAGACCAGCCUGCCGAGACGACCCAGGCCCUGAACCCCCACGAGUGCCCGGCUCUGAGGCCUGAGGCAGAGGGGGCUCCCCGGUGCUGGGUGGGUGGGCCCCGCGGGGACCUUGGGGCAGGCUCUCCGGCUUGGGGCAGCAAAGCACUGUGGCGCCACGUGGACCCCUGUGGCACAGAUGCCCACGUGUUUGAAAGAGGCAUGGACAUGUGUCCCAGUCGCAGUGUCACACCUGUGGCUACAGCUCGCCUCGGCUGAGUUUCAGGGACUGGGGGACAGGGAGGGAACACUGCCUCCUGAAUCAAGCAUCUUUCACUGAUGUUCAAUAAAAGAAUAGUUGCCAAGGCUG